CGGUAGAAAAGUGGGAAGAGAAAAGAGAGCGCCAAUAAAUGUGAUUAAGGAGUGGCCGCGUGGUUUCCCGUGACCUUUUCCUGUUUUUAAAGCCCCCACUCUCCCCCUUCUUUCCCUCUUCCUCUCCAAAAUUUGCUCUCAUUUCCCUCUCUUCCUCUUCACCGCCAUCGCCGCCGUCGUCGAGUUCAUCUCACUCAGCCGCCUUCUAAUUCCUCUUUCUCUGUUUCGGAAGGUAAAUUACUCUCUCGCUCUCUGUCUGUGCAUUUCACUGAUAGAAUCUAGUUAAAUUUUCGCAGAGACGGUAGAUUACGUCCUCUGUUCGAUUCACAACUAGAUUCGUACUGUAUUGACUCUGUUCUCGGCGAUUUUAAUUUUCUCCAGGCGAUAUAAUAGACCGGAGAUUCGCUCUCUUUCUAGUUUCAAUUUUAUCCAUGGCGUUGCCGAUCGGUGGUGCGGAUCCCGAAUCGAUUAGCACAGGCGGCGGCGCUUCUUCCGAGGAAUUACAACAGCAGCAGAGGAGAAAGCGGAGAAAAAUUGCGCACGAUUCCGAUUGCGCCUCCACCAGCGGCGGAGUCGGAGAGGAGAAGCCGAGGAGAUGGAGGACGGAGGCGGAGCACCGGAUCUAUUCCACCAAGCUGCUCGAAGCUCUGCGGAGCUCUCGGCGGAGCUCCACCUCCGCCGCCGCCAGCGGUACGCUGGUGAGGGACGCGGCGGAUAGAGUGCUGGCUGCCGCAGCGCGCGGCUCGACGCGAUGGAGCCGCGCGAUUCUCGCGAGCCGCCGGAGGCUGACCAGAGUCAGGAAGGUGAGGCGGGCGCGAGUGAUCGGGGAGGCGAGGUCGAUGGAUAGGCGGAAGCAGAAGCUGUUUGCGGCGGCGGAGGAGGAGGAGAAGAAUAAAUCCUCGUCGUCGUCGCAUCCUCCGCCGGCUGUGGAGAAGCGAAUCCGGACGUUGAGCCGGCUGGUUCCUGGCUGCCGGAAGGCGCCGCUGCCGAAUCUGUUGGAGGAAGUCGGGGAUUACAUCGCGGCGCUGGAGAUGCAGGUGAAAGCCAUGGCGGCCCUCGCCGAGAUUCUCGCCCCCGGCGGCGGCGGGGCUGCUCGGGGUCCGGAGGUUAGCGCCCAAUGAUAAUCAAUUCCCUCCCGAAAAUCCGCCGCCGGCGCGUGGAAUUAGUAAUGGCAGGUGUUAUUAUUAUUAUUAUUAUUUUAGAAAAAAACAGUUUUUCCAUUUUGUUUAUUUUUUUUAAUUUUCCGGGUGCUUGUAUUCUGAUUUAAUUAUCAUGCUAUUUAUUUAUUUAUUUAGCUUUGCCAUUUUCUCCCCUCAUUUCUUGAUUAUUGAUUCUUGGUCCUUCAUUCUGUACAUGUAAUUCGUUUCAUUCUGGUCCCCCUGAUUUCUUUUUUAUUUUCCUCUUCGCAAUGCCAACUCAUCUGUCUUGUCAUUUGGUAAAAGAAAUUAGAAACAGGGGGCAAGACUUUGCAAUUUUUAAUAAAUCAAUUAUUGGUAA